CGCAACGCUGUCUCAACGAUCUGCAUCUCCGGCUCUUCUCUGCUCAUUCUCUUUCAGCCUUCGGUUCCAUUUCCUUCCGCCUCAGAGAUCCUCCGAGGACGAGACGACGCCGCUUUCUGUCUAUGGAGACGACGUCUUUGGGGAAGUCCGGGAGUGAGCGGUCCGAGAAGGACGGGUCAAGUGGCUCCAGCUCCGGAGCUGCAUCUGAAGAGAGAGGAUCAUUUGAGUACUUCGGGUGUGUUUACCAUCUGGGAGUGAAUUCGAUCGGGCGCGAGUACUGCCACCUCCGCUUCCUCUUCAUCCGGGGAAAGUAUGUCGAGAUGUACAAGCGCGAUCCCCAUGAGAGCCCUGGCAUUCAACCCAUUAGGAAGGGUGUCGUAGGGCCCACACUUAUGGUGGAGGAAAUAGGGCGUCGGACGGUCAACCGUGGAGAUGUUUAUGUUCUAAGGUUUUACAACCGAUUGGAUGAGACAAAAAAGGGAGAAAUUGCUUGUGCUACAGCUGGGGAAACCCGAAAGUGGAUGGAUGCAUUUGACCAUGCCAAGCAACAGGCUGAGUACGAGCUUUCAAGACGAGGUAGUGCCAGAAACAAACUGAACAUGGAGACCGAGAUCAAUCUGGAAGGGCAUCGCCAUAGAGUGAGGCGGUAUGCACAUGGCUUGAGAAACCUUAUAAGAAUUGGGCAAGGUCCAGAGACACUUUUACGCCAAUCUUCUGAUUUGGGAUCUAGUGUUAGGCCAGAUCGGUACAGUGAAAGGGACAGUGGAGAUGUAGUUGAGGCACAUGAGUGGAAAUGUGUGCGGACAAUUAAUGGUGUUAGGAUCUUUGAGGAUGUUGCUGAUUCCAAGAGUGGUAACGGUGUUCUUGUGAAGUCAGUUGGUGUUGUUGAUGCAACUGCAGAUACUGUUUUUGAAGUGAUCCUAAAUGUUGAGCGACAUCAUAGAUAUGAGUGGGAUAUGUUGACAGGUGAUUUGGAGCUGAUAGAUUCUUAUGAUGGGCAUUAUGAUGUUGUCUAUGGGAUAUUUGAUCCAAAAUAUCUUACGUGGUGGCAUUCCAAGAGAGAUUUUAUCUUCUCUAGGCAAUGGUUUCACGGACAAGAUGGAACAUAUACUAUCUUGCAAUUUCCAACAGUACAUAAGAAGAAGCCUCCAAGAUCUGGUUAUCGUCGUACAAAAAUUAGUCCAUCUACCUGGGAGGUUAGAAGUUUAAACACACCCAUGGAUUCGAAUGCUUCAAGAUGUCUUGUAACUCAAAUGUUGGAGAUACAUUCUUCACACUGGCUCGGAUGGAAGAAAAACCACUUCUCAAAGUUUGAAAAGAGUGUUCCUUAUGCGAUACUAUGCCAAGUGGCAGGUAUAAAGGAAUACAUUGAAGCAAACCCAGCUUUCAAACAUGAAUCUGCCACCACAGUUGUCCAUUCAAAAAUGUGUGAUAUUUCUAUGUCCAUUGGUGAAUAUGAUGAAUAUGAGGAUGCAGAAAUGCAGGAUGAGUUUUAUGAUGCAAUUGCUGAUGACUCUUCAUCAUCAGAAGAUGAAGAGAGCAGUAAUGGUGAACAUGAAAAGAAGGAAAUGAAAGUGAAGCUGAAGAAUGUUUCAUGGGCAAUCACAAGCUUAGCUUUGCACCGAACUUCAGCUCCAGAUGCAAAUAAGGAACUGAACCCCACAGUAACUCCUAUCAUUAUCAAUCCUCUCCAGUUUCAAGGUUCAUUGCACAGAGGAAAGGAUGACACAGACGCAAACUGUUGGACUUCUCCAAGUGGUAUGGGAUUUAUGAUCAGAGGAAAGACUUAUCUGAAAGAUAAUUCGAAGGUAAUGGGAGGAGACCCUCUUCUCAAGCUCAUAGCCGUUGAUUGGUUCAAAGUUGAUGAACGCAUAGAUAACAUUGCACUGCAUCCCAAGUGUCUUGUUCAGUCUGAAGUCGGAAAAAAGAUUCCAUUCAUCCUUGUCAUUAAUCUCCAGGUUCCUGCUAAACCAAACUAUAGCUUGGUCCUUUACUAUGCCGCAGACAGACCCAUAAAAAAGAGAUCAUUGCUUGCUAGAUUUGUGGAUGGAAAUGACAUGUUUCGGGAUGCAAGAUUUAAACUAAUUCCAAGUAUUGUGGAGGGGUAUUGGAUGGUCAAGCGUGCGGUCGGAACAAAAGCUUGCUUAUUGGGGAAAGCUGUAACCUGCAAAUAUUUUAGACAAGACAACUUUCUGGAGAUUGAUGUGGAUAUUGGUUCAUCCUCUGUAGCAAGGAGUGUCAUUGGCCUUGUUCUUGGAUAUGUCACAAGUAUAGUUGUGGACCUGGCAAUUUUGAUAGAGGCAAAGGAAGAGGCAGAGUUACCUGAGUACAUUCUUGGUACUGUUCGACUAAAUAAGCUGAGGCCUGACUCUGCUGUACAUUUGGAGGCUUGACAUACUCUUGUAUCAACAUUCUUUGAUUAUCUAAUGCCGUUACAUUGAUUGGGAUCCUUUUUUUUUUUUCCAAUGUUUUCAAGUAUAUGUAAAAUGUACCCUUCACAAAAGAAAGUUUGACAUUUAAAAAUAAGUUAUAUAUGAACAGAAAGAUUUCCAUA